UGGAGCGAACCGCGGGGCUGGCGGGACGGGGCAGCCCAGCGUCCGGAGGGAGGCAGGCCUUGAACGGGUGGGGCUGGCGUCCAGCUCCGGCCGGACGCGGGGUCGGCAAGGACCACCGGGCCGCAGCACCCGCCCGAGCCUCUUGGGCUUUCCACUUGUAGCCGGUGUUUCGGUCCGUGACACUUUGCCCGGCGUACAGGCCUCUAGGCGCAGCCUCGCCCACCUGUGCCCGGAGACCCUGGGGCCGUGUUCACCCUGGGCGAAGCGGGAGGGUCAGUCGGCUCCGACGCUUUCGCGGCACCCGGAACCCCAGGCUCGCGGCCGCAGUUUCCGGCCGGCGAAGGCGCUCAGCGGCCCGAGGCCACGGAAGCGGGCUCGGGAGGCCGGGCCGGGGCCGGACGGAGAUGGCGCCGCCAGCGGGCGGCGCGGCCGCGGCUUCGGACCCGGGCUCGACUGCGGUGCUUCUGGCGGUGCACGCCGCGGUGCGGCCGCUGGGCGCGGGGCCGGAGGCCGAGGCGCAGCUGCGGAGGCUGCAGCUGAGUGCGGACCCUGAGCGACCAGGGCGCUUCCGGCUGGAGCUGCUGGGCGCGGGGCCCGGUGCGGUCAGUUUGGAGUGGCCCCUGGAGACAGUCUCCUACACUGUCAGAGGCCCCAGCCAGCAUGAGCUGCAGCCUCCACCAGGAGGGCCUGGGACUCUCAGCCUGCACUUCGCCAACCCUCAGGAAGCUGAGCGGUGGGCAGCCCUGGUCCGAGGUGCCACCGUGGAAGGACAGAAUGGUCAGUUCCCUGGAGCGAAGAUUCAUUUGGUUGGCCAGGGACUGCAUUAGUUCUAGGCGAGAAGAGGAGAAGCCCCAGUGGCUGGCCUGGAUGGGGAAAGUAGUGGGGAAAGCUGGGCUCACCUUACCCACUGCUGGGGUUCUGGAAAGCCUUCCAGGAGGAAGAAAGGGGAGAAAAGGAACAGAGCUGGAGCCUGGAGUAGCAGACAAGUGUGGAGGGGCAGAGAAGCAUGCCUUCGGGACCUGGGUGAGAAGACAGACUAGAUCAACAGCAAGGGACAGGUAUUCAGUGGGAGAGUAACAGGCUCAGGUUUGAACUACUUAAGACUAGUAGAGGCCUGCAUUUGUGUGGGUGGUGCAGAUAGGGCUGGAGGGAAGGAUGUUUCCAGAGAUGCUUGAGAGAUGGAACAGGCUGGGUUUCAUGGGGGUUUAAAUGGAGGGGUUAGUGGUUGAGACAGAAAGCUGGAGGGACCAGAUACUGUGGAGACCCCAGAUAGAGGGCUUGUUUGGGAGGGCAUGGAAGUGAUCAAGUUCUGAAACACGUGGGAGGGAAGGGAGGUAGGUGGAUCUGGGCUGGAGCUGGGACUCAAGAGAUAAAGCUUGGGGGUAGAAAUAGUCAACCAAGGUCACCCAAGAGAGAGAAGCAAGAAUAGGGUCUGGGUCCAGCAGGCAGUGCCUCAGGGAAGAAGUCCACAGAUGCAUCAGAAGAAGAGCUGACAGAGGGGUGAGAAGAAAACCACACAGUGAGAUGGAAGAGAUCCAGACAGUAGCAUCUGCAGAAGGAGAAAGGCUUUCUUCUUUAAUUCAUUCAUUUGUUCGUUCACCAGAUACAUGUAUUCAGCACCAUACUAAGCCAUCCUUUAAGACCUUAGAGAUUUAGCAUGAAUAAAACUUCAAACC